AUGCUUAAACAGCAGGGUGAGAAAGGUGCUGACAGUGAUUGGGAAGGUUUAAGUGACGAGUCCUUCUCCUGCUUUCUUGAAAAGCAAGGAUUUGAUGGCAAAUUAAAGAAAUACAUAACAGAUACAAUUGGAGUUCUUCAAACAGAUACCACAGCUAGGGCAGGGCUGAAAGCUGUUUAUCAAUUUCUGGAAUCGCUUGGACGAUAUGGAAAUUCCCCAUUUUUGUGGACUUUAUACGGAAGCGGGGAGUUGUCACAAGGUUACUGUCGAUUAUGUGCAGUUUUUGGAGGAGUUUAUUGUUUGAAUCGGUCAGUAGACGGGCUUGUUAUUGCGGAGGAAAGGGUGAUAGCAGUAAUCACUGGAGGCCAGCGUAUUGGAUGUCAAUACUUGAUCACAGAUGCCUCAUAUCUUCCUCAACAGUACGCAAACUAUGCGAAUGGCCGGAAAAUUUUAAGAACUUCCCUGAUUUCUGAACGAUCUAUACUUCAAGAUCCAGAAAAAGAUCAUAUAUCACUUUUGAACCUCAAUUAUUUGGACACCAAGCUUUCUCCUUGGCUCUUGGAGGUUGGAUAUGAAGGAUGCGUUGCCCCAAAGAACUUUUGUGAGGGACCUCUUUUAUCGAAUUUCUAA